AUGACAACCGACACCCAACCCACCCUACCACCCUCAUUCGAAUUCAAACCCCAACACCUAACUCAACUCCAACACAUAGCUCUCACAGACGAAUUCUCCCACGACGACCAACCAACAUCCUCAUCCUCUACGACUACUCCUCCUUCCACUAACACCCAGCCCGAGAUUUCAAGCGGGAGUUAUGACUGGGUAGAAUUAAAAGAUGCGAUCAAGUACCGAAUCAAGUUUUGCCUCGAAGAAGAAUUCGGCCGCGAGGGGGGGAUGGAGCUGCACCCCGCGGCAAAGUUGAUACCGCUCUGCACUGAAGGUAGUGGCUUUGGAGAGGUGGCUAUGCAAGCGGCUUCCGCAGCGGUGGAAGAAGAGUCGGAGAAAGGAACGGAAGCACAGGCGAAUGGAUCCACUUCUUCGGCUCGAGUACCGUACGUCUCCCCAGCAAACACGCAGAACUUCUAUCCCUCCAAACGUCCAUGCUCCUCCACCACCGCCACCAUUUCGCCCCUUUCGCCUGCGGAGGUCAACUCUGCACUAAACACCCUAUUAAGCAUGCUGGACGACUUUGAUCUCCAACCACCAUUUACAAUCCAACGUCUUGCCGAACUUGUUGUUUCGCCUACUACGCACUACAAUUCCGCGAAGAAAUGGAUCGGUGCUGUGAAACGCUGUCUCUCGGUCACCGCGACAAGAGACGCUUUCCCAAUAAGCCCAGUUCAAGGCCCGGUAGGGAUGAACGGCGUUGAUACAGCACAGCAAGCAGGGGUGGAAGAGAUGAGCGAUAUUGAAAUGGAUCGAAUGGACGGUUUAUCGCCCUCCUCCUCAGCCGGGUCGGUGGGCGGUAGGAGUAGGAGUUCAAGCAUCGCAAGUACUACCGAGCCACUUUUCUCGCCAAUACCUUUUAUUGUUAGGGACGAAAACAGAAAUCUCACCCAUCCCAAUACCGCAGCUGGAGGCGAUGGAGAGGAGGCGCAGCAGAUUCCAGAUUUAGAGUUAGGUGGGGCGGAUAGAACGCAUGCCACAAACGAGACGCCGAAAGAGGUGAUUGAUGUUGCUCCCAUUCCCACCUCCAAAUCUCCUAUUGUAGCAAAUGCGGAGGAGGAAGAUAAGAAGGUACAGCUGGAGGAUGUGGCAAUGGAAGAAUCAAAGACGGAGGAGACACCCCUAGAGGGGAAGAGUUCGGAUGUGGGGAGUGUAGCUGCUGCUGUUGAUGCGACUCAAUCUUCAGUUUCGUCUGCUGUGGACGCUGUUGCAGCUCAGGAUGAAAAGGUUGCAACACCGCCUAGCGCACCAGCAGCGACAGGGACAUCAGAGCCACUUGGAGUACCGGAUGGAGAAGUGGACGAAAUCGAUAAUCCCACAAACUCGGUUCAUGCGCUUACUUCCACCACAACCACCAGCACCAGCAGCACUUCUUCUGCAUCCGACAUUGCAUCAAUCAAAAAUGCCAGUGCAACUGCCUCUGGGAUGGGGGAAGACAAGGAGAAAGAAGAGAAAGCACAGCUCCAAGAAGGGGAGGAAGAGAACAACGUACGCUCAAGUAAGAGGCGGAAGAGUGAUGCUUCUAUCGGCGACCCUCGUGACUAG